AUGAGCGCCGUCGCCCGUUUGGCUGGCAUUGCUGCCAGCCUCAUGGCGCCAAUCACUCCCAGUGCUGAUUUCGGUCUCAUCGGUCUGGCCGUCAUGGGCCAGAACCUGAUCCUCAACGCUGCUGAUCAUGGUUUCACCGUCUGCGCCUACAACCGUACCACCUCCAAGGUCGACCGCUUCCUUGAGAACGAGGCCAAGGGCAAGCCCAUCGUCGGUGCCCACUCCGUAGAGGAAUUCUGCGCCAAGCUCAAGCGCCCCCGCCGCAUCAUGCUCCUCGUCAUGGCCGGUAACCCCGUUGACCAGUUCAUCGAGUCUCUUCUGCCCCACCUCGAGGAGGGUGAUAUCAUCAUCGACGGUGGUAACUCCCACUUCCCCGACAGCAACCGCCGCACCAAGUACCUGAAGGAGAAGGGCAUCCGCUUCGUCGGCAGCGGUGUCUCUGGUGGUGAGGAGGGUGCCCGCUACGGCCCCUCUCUCAUGCCCGGUGGUAACGAGGAGGCCUGGCCUCACAUCAAGGAUAUCUUCCAGAGCAUCGCCGCCAAGAGCGACGGCGAGGCUUGCUGCGACUGGGUCGGUGAUGAGGGUGCUGGUCACUACGUCAAGAUGGUCCACAACGGUAUUGAGUACGGUGACAUGCAGCUCAUCUGCGAGGCCUACGACAUCCUCAAGCGCGGUGUCGGUCUCUCCUCCAAGGAGAUCGCCGAUGUUUUCGCCAAGUGGAACAAUGGUGUUCUCGACUCCUUCCUCAUCGAGAUCACUCGUGACAUCCUCUACUUCAACGACGACGAUGGAACCCCCAUGGUCGAGAAGAUCCUCGACAAGGCUGGCCAGAAGGGUACCGGCAAGUGGACCGCUGUCAACGCUCUCGACCUCGGCAUGCCCGUCACCCUGAUCGGCGAGUCCGUCUUCUCCCGCUGCCUCUCCGCGCUCAAGGACGAGCGUGUCCGCGCCAGCGAGCGCCUCAACGGCCCCACCCCCGAGUUCACCGGUGACAAGGAGGAGUUCAUUGCCGACCUCGAGCAGGCUCUCUACGCCUCCAAGAUCAUCUCUUACGCCCAGGGCUUCAUGCUCAUCCAGAACGCUGCUAAGGAGUACGGCUGGAAGCUCAACAAGCCCGCCAUUGCCCUCAUGUGGCGCGGCGGUUGCAUCAUCCGCUCCGUCUUCCUCAAGGACAUCACCGAGGCCUACCGCAAGGACCCCGAGCUCGAGAACCUCCUCUUCAACGACUUCUUCAACAAGGCCAUCCACAACGCCCAGAAGGGCUGGAGAAACGUUGUCUCCAAGGGUGCUCUCUGGGGUAUCCCCACUCCCGCCUUCAGCACCGCUCUGUCCUUCUACGACGGCUACCGCACCAAGGUCCUCCCCGCCAACCUGCUGCAGGCCCAGCGUGACUACUUCGGUGCCCACACCUUCCGCAUCAAGCCCGAGCACGCCAGCGACAAGUACCCCGUUGACAAGGACAUCCACGUCAACUGGACCGGCCGUGGCGGUAACGUUUCCGCCUCGACCUACACUGCUUAA